AGAGAACCAAGGAAUGAGGACCUAAUUAACAUCAGAGCGCAGGAGAUCUGUAACCAACAGGAAACCAAAUGCUAAGAACUGCAUAACUUGAAACCAAUGAACACUGAACAAAGAAUUUCUAUGGGUUUUGACUGUCAAUGAUGUCUCAAUGAACCACACAACUGUAGUGGAGUUUGUCCUCCUGGGACUGGCUAACAGCCGCCGUUGGGAGAUCACCCUCUUUGUGUUCCUUGGCAUUGCCUAUCUCUUGAUCCUGCUUGGAAACAUUUCUGUCAUCAGCAUCACUCUCACCAGUAACUUCCUUCAGACCCCCAUGUACUACUUCCUCAGGAAUUUUGCCCUUCUGGAAAUCACUUUCACCUCCACGUUCCUUCCCAGCACCCUGUACAGCCUCCUGACAGAGAGGAAGACAAUUUCCCUGCCUGGCUGUUUCCUCCAGAUGCUGUUUUUCUACUGCCUGGGCACCUGCACCCUUUUCUACAUGGCAGUGAUGUCCCUGGACCGCUAUGUUGCCAUCUGCCACCCUUUGCACUACCCAGCCAUCAUGAACAGCAGAUUUUGCCUGCAGCUGAUCCUGGGCUGCUGGGCAGUGACUUUUCUCCUGAUGUUUCCCCCCACCAUCAUGACAGUGCAGUUGCCAUUCUGUGGUCCCAAUGUCAUGAACCACUUUUACUGUGACGCUUCCCUGUUGUUGCAGCUGUCCUGCACAGACACAGGCUUCAUCGAAGAGCUGAUGUUCAUCAUACUCAUCAUCAUCCUCCCUGGCACCCUGAUAGUAACUGCUGUUUCUUAUGGCUGCAUUAUUGUCACCAUCUUGCAUAUCCCAUCAUCUGCAGGUAGGAGGAAGGCAUUUUCCACGUGCUCAGCUCACCUCAUGGUGGUGAUGGUGUUUUACAGCACGUGUAUUUACAGGUACAUCCGCCCGGCCCAGAGAGGUGGGAAGGACUCUGACAAAGUUCUGUCUUUGUUCUUCUCUGUGCUGACUCAGACUCUCAACCCUUACAUCUACUCACUCAGGAACAGGCAAGUCAAGCAAGCUUUGAAGGAGAGAAUUCUGAAGUUUUCUGGCUCCCUGAGGCAGAUGUGAACUGUGGAGUCCUGUAUUUUCUGGGUCCCCCAAUGCCGGAAGGAAAUGAAGGAAUCUGACUCCAUGUUCUUAGAAGGCUAAUUUAUGAUUUUGUGAUAUAUUAUAUUAUAUUAUAUUAUAUUAUAUUAUAUUAUAUUAUAUUAAUUAUAGAAUGCUACACUAAAACUAUACUAAACUAUACUAAAGAAUACAGAAAGGAUACAGAGAGAAAGCUGACAGAUACUAAUGAAAAACUCGUGACUCCCUCCAGAGUCCUACACACCUUGGCCCCUGACUGGUCAUUAAGUAAAAACAAUUCACAUGAAACCAGUGAAACAAUCACCUACCACAUUCCAAAGCAGCAAAACACAGGAGAAGCAAAUGAGAUAAUAUUGUUUUCCUUUUUCUCUGAGGCUUCUCAGCUUCCCUGGAAAGAAAUCCUGGUGAAAAGAUUUUUCCAGAAAAUAUGACAGCGACAGUGGAGUAGCCCAUCCAAGUAUCUGAAUUGUUUCCUAGAUGCAACAUCUGUAUUGUGAAUUAAAGAUGCUGAUUUCAAAUGGUUUAUGAUUUCAAGAUGUUAUGUAAUUCCUCCUGUUGGGAAUGAAAAUAUGCCAGCACAGAAAGGAUUUUCUAAUCUUCUGUUACCUGGCAUCAGCUUUGCCUCAGCAUUUCCCCCUUUCUGGGAUGGGUUAGCCUUAGUGAGUAACCAAAUUCCUACUCACACCUUCCACCCCACAGUGGGAAAAGAGGAAAAACAGAAACAAAAACUAUCAUAGAUUGAGAUAAAGACAGAGAGAUUUCCAAAUUCUACCAGGAGUGAAACAUACUGGAUUUGGGGUAAACCAAUGUAAUUUAUUGCCAACUAAGAUAGCUUAGAUUGUGGGAAUCUAAAUAGUAAACACCUGAAUAAACAAAUUCAUUCGUUCAUUCCAGAGUACUCCAGCACUGUCCCCAGCACACGGGGGAAGUGGGGAGGGUUAUGGGCAGUCCAUGGGGUUUCCCCUCUGCUGCUUCUUUCCUCUCACACUUGUCCUCUGCCCCAGUGUAGGUUCUCCACAGGCUACAGAGAACACACUGAGCUACCAUGCCACAAAGCAAGUACAGAAAUACCAUUCUUAUUAAUAUUUUCAUUUUUAGAACGUCAGCUUCCACAAAGCUGUGUUUACAAUCAGUACCAUACACACUGAACCCAUCAACAGGAUUCCUUUUCCUCCCUCUGAUUCAGUAGAGAAUAAUCCUUGAUCCCAAAUACAAUAAUCUUUGAUCCCAAGCACAAUUCAUGGAACAUUUUGUUUCAGUCUUAGCUGCAAAGGCAUUUCCAGGUUUGGGGCUGGCUUUGGCUGUGUAUAGUGAAUACAGGAAUCUCCACCAGUAAUUUUUACAGCUGUGUGGAUAGUCAGGGGAACUUGGAAUGGUCCUUUCAUUUCUGCUUGAGUGGUUCUUUGCUCCAAGUCUGGGCAUAUCCCCAGUCUCCUGGACAGUGAGAGUGUGGUUGAACACCCAAGGUCACUGAUGAUGCUAAAACAAUAAACCUAUGCAAGGAUGAGAGUAUUCUUUCCCAAAGUUCCCCAAACCCCCUCAAACUGUGAUUCCUUCCUGUGUGUUUUCCCCUGGGUAUAAUUACAGCCUGACAUCAUCUCCCAUAGAGGAUUUCAUGUGGAAUUACCUUCUCCUUGGAGCACGGCUGAAUUCUAAUUCUCAGCAAUGCCAGGGGAAGAGCCUGUGGCCACUGGAGUGAUGCUUCCUGUCCAGUCUGGCCAGUGGUCUUGUUGAGCCUCAUGGUGUUGGUCCUCUGGACACUGACUGUUCCCACUGACUGUGACAGGUGUGAGUGUCUGCAGAGAGGCUCUUCGUGUGUGCAAAAAUAUUUAAUGUAACAAUUGACACCAGAUCCCUGGAAGAUCACUUUUUCAUAAACAAAUGACAGACAGGAGACUACCAAUCCCUAAAAAGAAAAACAAACAAACAAGCCACCCUACAAAAAUAAUAAUGAGAGAGGAGAUAAGAGGGAGAAGAAAAGAAGAUAAAUGUGUAGUUAUAGUCAUUAACAUUGCAUUAAAAUUUAAAAAAAUAAAAACAUUUCUUCUCAUUAUUUCCUUCAGUACCUGUUGUAUUUUCUAGUUUAUUCUGGCUUUAACCCCAUUUGCCUGAAUGGUGUUUAGUCACCAGCACUCACUCCCCUGGCAGAGUGGGAACAGAAUUGGAAAAAGGUGAAGCAGUGAGAUAAGAAUAGUUUAAUCACUGAAAUAAAGUAAAAUAUAAUACUAACAAUGAUAGUAAUGGAACAGAGAGGGAGGAAUAAAGUCCAAAGGAAUCAAGGUGUGCACAGCACAAUUCCUGUCCUGACCAGGGGCCAGCCCAUCCCUGAGCAGUGACCAGUGCCUCCCAGCCAGCCCUGCCCAGUUCAUGUACUGGGAAUGUGUUCUGGGGUGUGGAAGAUCCCUUUGGCUGUUACGUUCGUAUUUUCUGAAAAAUCCCUUUGCCCAGGAUUUUUCUCCUGGGAAGCUGAGAAGACUCAGAGAAAAAGAAAAACAAUACUAUCUCAUUUGCUUCUCCUGAGUUUUGCUCCUUUGGAAUGUGUUUGGAGAUUGUUUACCCACAGGUGAUUGUUUCAUUGGAUCUGCUGUGAGUUGUUUUGUCUCAUUGCCAACUGGGGCCAAGCUGUGUCAGGACUCUGGAAAGAGCCACAAGUUUUCAUUAUUAUCUUUUUAGCAUUCUGUAAGUAUCCUUUCUGUAUUUUUAGUAUAGUUUAGCAUAGCAUUAUUUAAUAUUUUAUCAUAUCAUAUUAUGUCAUCUCAUAUAAUAAUAAAUUAGCCUUCUGAGAAUAUAGAGUCAGAUUCAUCAUUCCUUCCUUUGUCUGGACACCGUGCAAAUACAAUAUUUGGCCAAUUCAGGUCAGUUGUCCUGCUCCCCCCUGGCUUCUCAUUCGCCUGCUCACAGGCAGAGCCUGGCAAACUGAACACUUGAUUUGAGUGAACACUAACCCGUCCAUGUGUUAUCAAUAUUAUUCCUGUACUCAAUCCAAACCACAGCAUUGCUGCAGCUACUAAGAGGAAAAUAAUCUCUGUGCUAGCUGAAACCAGGGCAAAAUAGCAUUUGAUGAUGAAAUGGGCACCCACUCAAGAAUUCCCCUCUCUUCCUUUCUUCUUUAGAUUGAAGAUUUCUAAAUCAUAGCUUGUGUCUGUUGGCCAGAGUAUCAACAUUCUCUGACCCUGCAGGCGUCAAAAAUAUUGCCAAGGGAGGAAAGUCAUACCAUUCCUUAUUUUCCUCAAUUUUUUUUCUGGAUAUUUCAGGUUUUUAUAAAGUUUGGUAUCCAGAAAUAUUAAUCAAUCUUUACAAUUCUUAGAAAAUAUGUCUUAACAGUUUUCCACUGGUUGUAUUGGUCUGGUGUGGUUGCAAGCCAUGGUUGUCAAAACAUCCUGCUGCAAUUCUGUGGGAUGCUUUCCAAAUCCAAGGAAAUUAUUUUGUUACAAAAUUUGCAGAAGGAAAAAUGAAACAUACCCAAUGAUCUCUCUCACAGAUUAUUGUCUGGAGAAUGUGCAAGAACUGCUUAAAAAGAAAAUAAA